UUAAAGUAAAACAACAUGAACUCUGUCAAGCUACUGGGUGGAGGAAUACUGUUUUUUUAUAGGCCUUACAAAAGGAAGCACAACUUCCUUUCUCACAAACAAGUUACAGUACAAGAUAACAAUGGCAAUGCAGCUUGUCUUCUUUCUCUACAUGUUGGUCCCCAUCACAGAUCAAAGUUCACCCUAAGUAAAGACCAACACGAUCAUAACUUCCUCCAUCUGAGGAGGAAGCUCUCGUACAUGAUGGCGCUGGUGAUGCAGCUGGUCUUCUUUCUGUCCGUUUGGGUCUCAGUUACAGUGUGUGAUGAUGUUUUUAAGAUGGAGAACAGUUCUGUUCAACUGGACAUACAAAAAAAAGUUGAAAAGUUCGACGACAUUGCCUGGAAAUUUAACACAAAAACUUUCAUUGUGAGAUUUCUUUAUGGAAAGCCUCCAAGUAGAGUGUAUGGAAGUUAUAAAGACAGGGUGGAGUUUAAUGAGGAAACCUACAGUCUGACACUGAAGAAUGUACAGAAGACUGAUAGUGGAAUCUAUGAAGCAAGAGCCAAUGAUGAAACGGAGGAAGUUGUUGCUAUGUACCAACUACAUGUGUUGGAUCCAGUGGAGAAACCAGUCCUUACUGCUUCUCUCCAAAGUAAUGACACCUGUAAUGUGACUCUCACCUGUGAAGCUCAGAAGCUCUCAGUAACCUCUCACUGCUAUAAUGAUAAUUGUGAUAUGAGGGAAAAGAAAACAUCUGGAGACAUGUUUCCUUUCCUCUCACUGUAUGUUAGUAAAAGUUUUAUCAUUUGUAAUCAUAGCAACCACGUGAGCUGGAAAAAUACAUCUAUGGCGAUAAAACAUGUGAAACAACUCUGCCCUAAUAAAGAAAUUAAACCGGAGGAGACUUCAGGUCAUACGACAAAAAAUAUUAUAAUAAUUUGCUCAGUCAUCGUCCCUGUCAUCUUCCUUGUCAUCAUCGUCAUUGUUGUAUUAUGCUGCCAAAAGAAAAAAGCUGAUUGUCAAAACAGGAACACUGAUGCAAUGCCAGAUUCUGUCAACACAAUCUAUGAAGAAGUUGAUGCUAAAAACAAGGGGGGGAAAAAAGCAGAGUCAGUUGAGAUGUCAGAGAACCAUGCGGCUCCUUCUACUGUGUACUAUACUGUUGGGAUGCAAGCCCUCGCUUAUAGUAAUGAUGAGAGCACUGGAAUGGACACGAAAGUGCACCCCAGUUACAGUAAAUUCGGUGAAACUCAUCAAUAUGAAGGAGGACAAUGGAACGCUGAUUCAGUGGACUUACCACAAACCAUUUAUUCUACAGUAAAGAAGCCUGGUAAACCUGUGAGAGAAGCAUGAACAUGUCUUUAUGUUCCAUUAAACAUUUUCCAUGCAGAAUGUGCAAUACCUAAAGAAUUCUGGACAAAUGUGAUGAUUGUAGUGAUGAUUAUGUAUGUAGAGGCAUAAAUGCCACAAAUGUCUGUGGCAUAAGAACAGAAUGCUUUAAAAAGGUCUCAUUAUUUUGUAAUAUUCUUUUUUUAUUUAAAGUAUUCAUAAGUUUUGUUGAUUAUUGUUUAGUUUUAAGUUUUGUUGAUUAUUGUAAGUAUAAUUGUUAGAGGGGGGAAAUGGUAGGCCUUCAGUAAUGUAACAAUUUACCAGAACUUAUCAAUUUAUCACCAAGUGUUCACUUCUCCUGAAGUGUAUGAUCAGUUUAUUGUUUUUGUUUAGUUUAGUUUAGUGUAAUUAUAUUGAGUUGAUACAGUUUAGUGUAAUUGUAUUGAAUUGAUAGAGAGCUAUAGAUUUUUGUAUAUAUAUAUAUAUAUAUAUAUAUAUAUAUAUAUAUAUAUAUAUAUAUAUAGAGAGAGAGAGAGAGAGAGAGAGAGAGAGAGAGAGAGAGAGAGAGAGAGAGAGAGAUAGAUAUAAGUAUUAUGUUUUAAAUCUAUCUAUCUGUCUGUCUGUCUGUCUGUCUGUCUGUCUUAUUUAAUAUUUUAAAAUAUUUUAAAAUACCAUGGCUGCAAAAUGCCAAAAGUCAGCUUAAAUGACAUGUUCACAGUAUAUACAGUAAAUAAACAAAACAGAAUGAAAAUGUUUUGUCUUUGCAGUAUAUAUUACAAUCACCAAACUAAUUUUGUUAUAAAAGAAUCCACCACACCACACACCCAACUCCAUUUUCAUUAUUUUUUAUCUCCUACAUGUGUCCCUGCUUCAUCAGAAUAAUACCCAACAUGCAACAUUUAUUCUCUUCUUUUUCACAGUCUUUCUCUAGCUACAUACAGUAUACAUCACAUGAUCCUCUGAAUAAAUGCCUCAACAGAAUGAGAUAUUCACA